AUGGACCAGGGACCCAGGUACCUGGCGAUGGAGCUGGCCCUGCUCCUUUUCCGAAAUGCUGUUUUACACAACCAGCCAGAGCAUCUGUGGCCUGGUCCUGGCGAACAGUACCCAGGGCCCCCCAGCAGCCUGCUCAGGGAGCCCCUGGCCUUGCCCUACUUGAAGCAGGAAGAGCUGCCCAACAUCGCCGGCACGGAGCCCCGCUGGCCCGUGUUCCAGUACGUGCUCAGUGCAGCCACCUCACCAGCCGUGAAGCAGCAGGAGGAGACCCUCACCUACCUGAACCAGGGCCGGUCAUACGAGGUGCGGCUGCUCUGCAACCCCAAGCUGGGUGAUGCCACUCAGUGCCCCCGGCUGCUGAAAAGCGUGGUGCGAGUGGUGUUCCACGAUCGGCGCCUGCAGUACAUGGAGCAGCAGCAGCUGGAUGGCUGGAGGUGGAGCCGGCCUGGGGACCGCAUCCUGGACAUCGAUGUUGCACUCUCUGUGGGAGUGAUAGAACCCCAAGUGCUGCCCUCCCAACUCAACACAGUGGAGUUUCUCUGGGACCCAACCAAGAAGACGUCCCUCUUCCUACAGAUUCACUGCCUCAGCACUGAGUUCACGCCUCGGAAGAAAGGUGGAGAGAAAGGUGUCCCUUUUCGCCUCCAGAUCGACACCUUCAAGCCCAGGGACAAGGAGCUUCCGCCGGAGCACCUGCAUUCGGCUGGCUGCCUCAUCAAGGCGUUCAAGCCUAAAGGAGCUGACCGGAAACUGAAAACUGACUGGGAGAAGAUCGAGAAACAGCCCCUGCAUGAGAGAGACAAGUAUCAGACCGCCUGUGCGAGCACGGUCUUCCCGGAGGUGUGCGUGUUGGGGCGGCAAGAGCAGGAGCGGGGAUUUGGAGAGAAGAACCCCAGUUGUUCACCGUGGCCAGAGCCCCACCGGCCGCCUCUCAGCCCUAUUGGUCUCACCUCCCCUAACUCCUGCAAGCUCCUGUCCCCAGACAGGCUCUGUUCCUCGCCGCCAUUCGCUUUGGACACCUUGGGGUGUAGCCCAGCUGAGGACCUGAACCCUGGAGCCUCCAUCUCAGAGACGCAGCAGUGGUUGCAUCAGCACCGGUUCUCCAGCUACUGCCGGAUGCUGGCCAAUUUCACUGGCACCGAUCUGCGGAAGCUUACCCGCCGGGACCUUAUCCAGAUCUGUGGGGCUGCCGACGGGAUCUGUCUUUUCAAUACUCUUAGAGACAGACCCAUCCGUCACCGGCUGACUUUAUAUGUGGCUCAGGAGGCCUCUAGGCAAGAGAACGAGGUUCCUGAGAACCCCAAUGCAGGCUUUUAUCAAGAGAUCUCUCUGGAUGAACUCAGUGCUGUGGAGUUGAUGGGGAAACUGGCUGAGCUACUGGUCCUCCCAGCCAAUCAGAUCCACUGUCUUUUUCACCAAGGCGCUGGGGGCAUCCUCAUUCUCCUCAGCGACCAGGGUCCGGAAUCUUAA